AUGACUGAUGGUUUUUGGACUUGGGAUUAUUUUGCUCAAUGUACUUCGAGAUUGAAAGAAGUAGAAAAGUUACUAACUAAUGAACAAAUUCAAUAUUUAAAUGAAUAUUAUACGAUGAAUAGAAUGCCAAGUGUAAACGAAGUUCUAUUAAUAUGCAAUCAGUGGAAUCUGAAAGGAAUUGGAUGGUUGGUUGAUAUUGAGGAUUGGUUUUUUGGUCGUCGCAUGGCCGAAACAGAAAUUCAAGAGCGACGUAGGUUGACACGAAUACUUCCUGCUUAA